AUUCUAAAAAGAAGGUAAAAAAAAAAAACCUUCUGUUUCUCCCCUUUCCGAUUUCCAUCUACUAAUCCAAGAGAAAAAAAAACAAAGAGAAAAAUUUUCAGAGAGAGAAAGUGUUAGCAAGGAGAGAGCUUUGACUCUUCUUCCCUCUUUCUAUCUCUUUUGUUUCCCUAUUUCACAUUUCACCUAAAAUAUAGAAAACCCUUUUCAUUUUCCUUAAAGAAGUUUCAUUUUCAAAACCUUUCUGGGUUCUCUUCAAAUUCUUUUCUCAGUGCCCAAAAUUGUUAGAAAAAAGGAAAUUUUGGAAAGUUGAGAGCUGUUGCUUGUUUUGGAGCUUUUUUUUAUUCAUGGGAAAUUGCUGUGCUACCCCUGCUUCUCCAGUUGAGAAUAAUAAAAAGGGGAAAAACAAGAACAAAGCUAACCCAUUUUCUGGAGAUGAUUAUGCUGUCACCAAUGGAUCUGCCACUACGUUCAAGCUAAGGGUUUUGAAAGAACCCACUGGUCAUGAUAUUUCAGCUCAAUAUGAUCUAGGCCGUGAGUUGGGGCGUGGUGAAUUCGGCGUAACAUAUUUGUGUACUGAUGUGAACUCAGGUGAGAAAUUUGCUUGUAAAUCGAUAUCCAAGAAGAAACUUAGGACUGCAGUGGAUAUCGAGGAUGUGAGGAGGGAGGUACAGAUAAUGAAGCAUUUUCCUAAGCAUCCUAAUAUUGUUACCUUGAAGGAUACUUAUGAGGAUGAUGAUGCUGUGCACAUUGUAAUGGAAUUGUGUGAGGGAGGAGAGUUAUUUGAUAGGAUUGUUGCAAGGGGUCACUACACUGAACGAGCAGCUGCAGGGGUCAUGAGGACGAUUGUCGAAGUUGUUCAGAUGUGUCAUAAACAUGGCGUCAUGCAUCGCGAUCUCAAACCCGAGAAUUUUCUAUUUGCAAAUAAGAAGGAAACUGCCCCAUUGAAGGCAAUUGAUUUUGGGUUGUCGGUCUUCUUUAAACGUGGUGAGCGAUUCAAUGAGAUUGUGGGAAGUCCAUAUUAUAUGGCUCCAGAGGUUCUUAAACGUAAUUAUGGCCCAGAGGUUGAUGUUUGGAGUGCUGGAGUUAUCCUCUAUAUUUUACUUUGUGGUGUCCCACCAUUCUGGUCAGAGACUGAGCAGGGGGUGGCACAGGCAAUUAUUCGCUCUGUAAUUGACUUUAAGAGGGAUCCAUGGCCUAAGGUUUCUGACAAUGCAAAGGACCUUGUAAAGAAAAUGCUUAAUCCUGAUCCAGAGCAGCGUCUUACUGCUCAGGAAGUGCUUGAACAUCCGUGGUUACAAAAUGCCAAGAAAGCUCCCAAUGUUCCAUUGGGUGAGACUGUGAAAGCUAGGCUCAAACAAUUUUCUGUAAUGAACAAGCUGAAGAAGAGAGCUCUAAGGGUGAUUGCUGAGCAUUUAUCUGUGGAGGAAGUAGCUGGCAUAAAAGAGGCAUUUGAAAUGAUGGACACUGGAAAACGAGGCAAAAUAAACCUUGAGGAGCUUAGGAUUGGGUUGCAAAAGCUUGGCCAACAGAUUCCUGAUGCAGAUUUGCAGAUCCUAGUAGAAGCUGCUGAUGUUGAUGGUGAUGGGACUCUGAAUUAUGGAGAGUUUGUAGCAGUUUCAGUUCACCUCCGGAAAAUGGCCAAUGAUGAGCACUUACAUAAAGCUUUUGCCUUCUUUGAUCUAAAUAAAAGUGGUUAUUUAGAGAUAGAAGAUCUGCGAGAUGCCUUAAAUGAUGAAGGUGACGCCAGUAGUGAAGAAGUUAUUAAUGCCAUUAUGCAUGAUGUCGACACUGACAAGGAUGGGCGUAUAAGUUUUGAGGAGUUUGUUGCCAUGAUGAAGGCUGGUACGGAUUGGAGAAAAGCAUCCAGACAGUAUUCACGGGAAAGAUUCAACAGUCUAAGCUUGAAGUUGAUGAGGGAGGGUUCAUUGCAAUUAGCCAAUUGAGUACAAGUCAGAAUGAAGAAGAAUCAGAGAAAGGAAGUAAUGUUACUAUGGACCAAAAAAAAAAAAAGGAAAAAAAAAUAGAAUUUCCUUGAUUUUUGUUUGUUGAUAAAAUUAUUGUCAAUUUCUUUUCACGUGGAACCGUUGAGAUAGGUAGGGUUAGAUUGAUGUGUUGGUGUCUUUAAAGAGCUGUGGUUCAGAAUUUGUUUGUGAUGAGUUGCAGAAGAAGAGGAGGAAAAGGAAGUGUAGGGAAAUUUGAAGUGAUGGUUCAAUUUGUGGUUGUAAAUGUGUGAAUUGGGCUUUACACAACAGUCUUUGUCGUUAGAAAAAAGUUUGUCUGGCAUUCAA